UCAAACAGACUCUCUGUUUAUAUUUUGUUUCCAUUUGUAGCGAAACGUUUUUAUCAGUGCCUAAUCAAUUUUUACAUUAUUUAAUGUGGUCAUAAUUUUUGCUACUGUUUAUGAUAAUCAUCAAAAUCUGCACUGAAGCGCAAUAAUUGUAUUAUACUGCCAGUUUAAAUCGGCCAAAGUUUAUAAAAAGAAAAAAAAGUUGCGAGCGUCAUUCGGAUUGCAACCGAUUCAGAGUAUCAUAGAAUGGACGCCCAAAUACUCCAGGAACAGAUGCUCCUGAACUGCCUCCGCCAGCAGUUGGACGAAUUCCACAUGUUGUCCUCAAUCUUCUGCAGCCCUGGCGAACUGCACGUCGACGACUACAGCUUCGUGGACAACAUCAGCGCGUUCAUCGAGGGCGAAACCAAGAGACUGAACGCCAAGCUGGACUACCAGCUCAACCUACCGUUGCUCGGAGCGGCGGAGAAGGUCCAGAUUCGCAUCGAACUACCUCAUCUCUAUCCGGGCAUAGAGAUUCCGUUGUUUGUGGUUAGGGCGGCGCGAUUCCCUCGGGACCAGGAGCGGCUGAUUACCGAGAGAAUCGAGCGGUACAUCGAUCGAGAGGUGGUCGAUAAGAGCGAGCCGUAUGUGUUCCAGAUCGUUUCCUGGAUUCGGGAUAACUUUGGAGAGCUGACGAAGUUCGAGGAAGCGAUCAAACCACCAGAUCAGCUGCUGAAUGUGUCACAAGACACGAAAAGCGACAACUUCGAACGGUUAUGGAUCUACUCGCACCACCUAAAAAGUAAAACCAAACGGCAGACCAUACUGAAAACGGCGCGGGACUUGGACCUGUCCGGGUUUUCGAGACCCGGAAAACCAGCGAUCAUUUGCGUUGAAGGACGCCAGAUGGAUACGCAGGAGUUUUGGCGGACGAUAAGACCGCUCAAGUGGCAAAAGAUUCAAAUCAAGUUGGCCGAGGUGGAUCCAGCAGUGGAAUCAACGGGUGGUUGCGAUGCGGUAGGUAGUAGGCGACGCUUUCAAGGUUUUCGCGAAGAAUUGUUCACCGAAGUGGGCGACCAGAACGACGAGGAAGUGCCUAUGAGUAUGAGUUUAUUUAUGAAGUUUUUAGAUAAUCACGACAGUGGGUACAUUAGGAAGGAAAUUUUUGGAUUCGAUCAAGUGGAGAAUGUUGUGUAACUGUUUGCAAUAAUGUUAUUAUGUUAGAGAUUUUUUUUUUCUAAAUUUAUGUUGAGAUGUAUUUGUAUUAUAUUUUCGCAAUAAAAAAAUUUAGUUACAUUAAAAAAA